CCCUCGGGGCUUGUGGCUGAGGUGGAGCCGGCGCCAUGGCGGUUCUUCUGGAGACCACCCUGGGCGACGUCGUCAUCGACUUGUACACUGAGGAGCGGCCGCGCGCAUGCUUGAAUUUCCUGAAGUUGUGCAAAAUAAAAUAUUACAAUUAUUGCCUUAUUCACAAUGUACAGAGGGAUUUUAUUAUACAAACGGGUGAUCCUACCGGAACUGGCCGUGGAGGAGAGUCUGUUUUUGGUCAGCUGUAUGGUGACCAAGCAAGUUUUUUUGAGGUCGAAAAGGUGCCAAGAAUUAAGCACAAGAAGAGAGGCACUGUGUCCAUGGUGAACAAUGGCAGUGAUCAGCAUGGAUCUCAGUUUCUUAUUACUACAGGAGAAAAUCUAGAUUACCUAGAUGGUGUUCAUACAGUGUUUGGUGAGGUAACAGAAGGCAUGGACAUAAUUAAAAAAAUUAAUGAGACCUUUGUUGACAAGGACUUCGUACCUUAUCAAGAUAUCAGGAUAAAUCAUACAGUGAUUUUGGAUGAUCCAUUUGAUGACCCCCCUGAUUUAUUGAUUCCUGAUCGAUCACCGGAACCCACAAGGGAACAACUAGAUAGUGGUCGAAUAGGAGCAGAUGAAGAAAUUGAUGAUUUCAAAGGAAGGUCAGCUGAAGAAGUAGAAGAAAUAAAAGCAGAAAAAGAGGCCAAAACUCAAGCUAUUCUUUUAGAAAUGGUGGGAGACCUACCUGAUGCUGAUAUUAAACCUCCAGAAAAUGUGUUAUUUGUAUGUAAAUUGAAUCCAGUGACCACAGAUGAGGACCUGGAGAUAAUAUUCUCAAGAUUUGGACCCAUCAGAAGUUGUGAAGUUAUCCGGGAUUGGAAGACAGGAGAAUCUCUCUGUUACGCGUUUAUUGAAUUUGAAAAGGAAGAAGAUUGUGAGAAAGCCUUUUUCAAAAUGGACAAUGUGCUUAUAGAUGACAGACGAAUACAUGUGGAUUUUAGCCAGUCUGUUGCAAAGGUUAAAUGGAAAGGAAAAGGUGGAAAAUACACCAAGAGUGAUUUUAAGGAGUAUGAAAAGGAGCAGAAUAAACCACCUAAUUUGGUUCUGAAAGAUAAAGUAAAGCCCAAACAAGAUGCAAAAUAUGAUCUUGUAUUAGAUGAAGAGGCGGAAGACUCAAAAGCAAGUCACUCACACACAAGUAAAAAACACAAAAAGAAAACUCGUCACUGCUCAGAAGAAAAAGAAGAUGAGGACUACAUGCCAAUCAAAAACCCUAACCAGGAUAUCUAUAGGGAAAUGGGCUUUGGUCACUAUGAAGAAGAAGAGAGCUGUUGGGAGAAACAGAAGAACGAAAAGAGAGAGCGCCAUCAAAACCGGAGUCGGAGCCGGUCUCGGGAGAGGGAUGGCCACUAUGGUACCAGCCACAAAUCCAAAUACCCCACAGAUGCCUAUGAAAGAGAAAGGAGUAAAAAGAGAGACCGAAGCAGAAGUCCAAAGAAAUCCAAAGAUAAAGAAAAAUCUAAGUACAGAUGAAAGAUAAAGAAUCACAAUUGAGUGGCUCGUGUAUUUACUCAUCUAAUUUAGAGUAUCAAGAAGGCAGGGGUUCUGAUUGUGUGUCAAAGCAGUUCAAGGCUCUGUUACUAUUAUUAUUUUCAUAUGCGGGAUGAGGCCCAUUAAUGUUGAUAAUGUAGGGCACUGAAAGACAAAGAAUUUAACAUUUUCUUUGUAUAUUUUUUUACAUUUAUUGUUACAUAUAAAUGGUAGCCUUCACUUUUAAAGCCACAUUUUCUGUUUUUUUUUUAUGAAAUAUUUCACACCUGUAAGAAAUAAUAAGCAUGAAUAUAUAAGGUAUAAAGAAGAAUAAAUACCUGUGUAUCCAUCAGCCAGUUUAAGAACUGGGGUCUUAACCUGCAUUUUGGAAAUCUCUGAUGUAUUUUCUCACGCAAGUCAUUAUUCUGAAUUUUUUGUUUGUUAUUCCUUGCUGGUUUUUAUACUUUUACAACAUACAUAUGUAUCCAUAAGUGAAACAUUGUUCUGUAUGUUUUUGAAUGUUUAUAUAAAUGGCAUCAUGAUGUAUGUUACUUCUGGAGCCUGCUGUUUUUCAAUUUAGUAUUUUUUGUGAGUCAUUUAUUUUGUUGUUUCAUCGUGUGACACUAUUUCUUUAAUCAUUUAUCUGGUGCUGAACAUUUUGGGUUUUUUUUUUUUUGCUAUUGCAAAUCAUGUUGCUUUAAAUAUUUUAUGUCUGUGAAUUAAAUUACUUGGUCAUGUCUGGGUGUCUUCAUCUUUACAAGAUGAUGCCAAAUUCUGAAAACUGAAUGUACCAGUUUACACUCCUCCCAGCACUAUGUGAAUUACCUUUGUUUCACAUCAUCUUUAACACAUGUUAAUUUUCUAUUACAAAUUUUUACCAGUGUAGUGGAUGUUGUAUUUUAUUAUGUUUUCAACAAGAAGACACCUGUAUUCUUUGUUCUCUUGUGUAAUGUGUCACUGUUAUCUGGCUGCUCUUAAGGUUUCUGUUUGUUACUGAUUGAAGCAAUUUAUUAUGA